GCUGGACGAGCGGAACGGCGGAACCGGGAACGGCGGAGUCGCGAGAGUGUUGUCGGACGUAGUGCCUGUGUGCCCCGAAGUGAUAAAUUGAUUUCGUCGGACGGGAGACGGCACCGGCGCGCAUCUAUGGAUAUUCCUCGCGAUACGCGUGAUUGACGAGAAACGAGAACGAACGAACGUGGAUUUUCGGAUCGCGCGCGCACGGCCUGGGGGAGAGGAAGAGCGGCAACGGUAUAAGGAACCACGACGAGGCAGCGUCGAGCGACUCUGGAGGUUUUCGCGCGCGCAGAAGGUCACCCCAGGCAAUCGCGAUGGCGACCCUGUCCUUGCGCAUCUCCAUACCGGAGAAGAACGCCACCAAGAUGAUGCAGUUCGACCCCAGCACGUCGGUGUACGACGCCUGUCGCAUCAUCAGGGAAAAGCUCGCCGAGGCCAGCAACAUGGGUCAACCGAAAGAUUACGGCAUAUUUCUCGCCGACGAGGACGUGAAGAAGGGAGUCUGGCUCGAGCCCGGGCGAAAUCUCGACUACUACAUCUUGAGAAAUGGGGAUCUGCUUGAGUACCGCCGUAAGCUCCGUACGCUGCGAGUCCGCAUGCUGGACGGAACGCUGAAGACCAUGUUGGUGGACGACAGCCAGCCCGUGGCCAAUCUCAUGGUGGUGAUAUGUACGAAGAUUGGUAUCACGAAUCACGACGAGUAUUCCUUGGUGCGCGAGCUAGUGGACGACGAGAACGAGAAUCAGAAACCCGGGAAUUUCGGCACUCUCACAUUGAAGAGGAAGAAAGAGGAGAAGGGCGAGAGGGAUGCCAAGAUGGAACAAUUGAGGAAGAAGUUAAAAACCGACGACGAAGUAAAUUGGAUAGAUCCAAGCAAGACCCUGCGCGAACAAGGCAUAGACGAAUCCGAAACCGUUCUGUUGAGGAGGAAAUUCUUCUUCUCGGACCAAAACAUUGACAGUCGCGAUCCUGUACAAUUGUCGCUGUUAUAUGUGCAAGCGCGAGACGCAAUUCUGGAUGGCACGCAUCCGAUUACGCAGGAAAAGGCCUGCGUUUUCGCCGGGAUUCAGUGUCAAAUUCAAUUUGGCGAUCACAAAGAGGAGAAGCAUAAAACGGGUUUUCUGGAUCUUAAGGAAUUUCUGCCGCAAUCGUAUGUGAAAGUGAAGGGAAUCGAGAAGAAGGUCUUCGCGGAGCACAAAAAGCACAUCGGACUCUCGGAGCUGGAUGCCAAGGUCCUGUACACGAAAACCGCCAGGUCGCUGAACACGUACGGCGUCACGUUCUUCUUGGUGAAGGAGAAGAUGAAGGGCAAGAACAAGCUGGUGCCGCGUCUACUCGGCGUGACGAAGGAUUCAGUCCUGCGACUCGACGAGAAGACGAAGGAGAUUCUGAAGACAUGGCCGUUGACGACCGUGCGGCGUUGGGGCGCGUCACCGAAUACCUUCACCCUCGACUUCGGCGACUAUUCUGAUCAAUAUUACAGUGUACAGACUACCGAAGCAGAGCAGAUACUUCAACUGAUCGCCGGUUACAUCGAUAUUAUCCUGAAGAAACAGAAAGCGAAGGAUCACUUCGGUAUCGAGGGAGACGAGGGAUCCACCAUGGUGGAGGAUAGCGUGUCGCCACUGAAAGCCACCAUCAUGCAACAUGAGACCAGCAAUGUUGGCAAAGGGAAUGUAGAAGCCGUCUCAGUCGCGAUACCAGCUGUUAUGAGGGCGGGAGGAGACGGGGCUCGACCGUAUGGAACCGGCCACAUAGGUGGUGCCCAGUACACGACCGUCAGCGGACAGGUGAACAUCGCUCAUGCUCCGCCUAUGGUCCAACAAACCAAGGUGACAUCCGUCCUAUCUGAACCGCAACGUGCCUUACUAUCGACCAUCACCGCCGGUCACGAGGUGAUCCACAUCGCCGAGACGGAACUCAUUACGAAGGCUACGCUACCCGAGCUCGGCACGGAUCCGGCGUCCCUAAGAUGGAUCGAGCAGACGAUCGACACCCACAAGCAGAACGUGGGCUCGCAGAUCGCGGCGAUGAACGCCGCGACCGCCCAGGUGGUCACGUUGACUUCCGGGCCAGCGGACGAUGUCGAUCACACCGCAGUGGGAGCGGCGAUUACCACGAUCGCCACGAAUCUGCCGGAGAUGACGAAGGGUGUGCGGAUGAUAGCGGCUCUCAUGGACGACGAGUCGUCCGGCGAGCGACUGUUAGACGCCGCCAGGAAACUCUGUUCCGCGUUCUCCGACUUGCUGAAGGCCACGGAACCGGAGACCAAGGAGCCUUUCUACAUAACGUCUACGCUCUACGGACAAUAUCCUCGGCAGAAUCUAUUAAAUGCGGCAUCGCGAGUGGGUGAGGCGUCGCAUCAAGUAUUGACAACUAUUGGUGAGGAGGACGACUCGAAUCGCGAGCUGCAAGACAUGUUGCUCGCUCUCGCUAAGGCCGUGGCCAAUACCACCGCUGCUCUGGUAUUGAAAGCGAAGAAUAUAGCAGCCACGUGUGAGGACUCGGCCACGCAGAAUAGAGUGAUAUCGGCUGCGACGCAGUGCGCGCUGGCUACAUCUCAGCUCGUGGCUUGCGCCAAGGUCGUAGCGCCGACUUUACACUCGCCCGCUUGUCAAACGCAGUUAAUGAACGCCGUUCGCGAGGUGACCAAGGCUGUGGAGCGCCUGGUUCAGGUCUGCAACGAGACGUGCAGUGAUGACAACUUGCUAAAGGAACUCAGCGUUGCCGCUGCCGAGGUCAGCCGCACCUUGAACGACCUUCUCAAUCACAUCAAGACCGCCACUAGAGAGCGCGCCAAGGAAUCCAUCCAGGAAGGCGCGGUGGAAACCAUCUUGGUCGCGACGGACAAACUGUUCGCCAGCACCGGUGACGCCGGCGAGAUGGUACGACAGGCGAGAGUGGUUGGUCAGGCUACUGCACAGUUGAUUCAGAGCAUCAAAGGCGAGGCGGAGAGGCAGACUGACUCGGACCAGCAACAACGUUUAUUGGCGGCGGCGAAACUACUCGCCGACGCCACUGCCAAGAUGGUGGAGGCGGCGCGGCAGUGCGCUAGCAGCCCGCACGACGCCAGGAUGCAGGAUCAAUUGCGCCAAGCAGCGGAAGAGUUGCGAGCUGCGACCACAGCGGCAGCAACCCCGGCGUUACGUAGAAAACUCAUCACGCGUCUAGAGGCGUGCGCGAAACAGGCCGCGUCCACGGCCACACAGUGUAUCGCAGCGUCUUCUGGUGCCGGGCAUCACAACACUAACCCUGCCAGCCAGGAGGAGCUCAACAUGGAAUGUCGCAUGAUAGCACAGCAGAUUCCACAUCUCGUAUCGGGAGUGAAGGGCACGCAGGCACAGCCAGACAAUCCUACUGCACAGUUAAACCUGAUAAACGCUUCCGAGCAAUUUCUGCACCCGGGCACCGCCGUGGUAAAGGCGGCUAGAGCCGUUUUGCCGACCGUCACCGAUCAGGCAUCCGCCAUGCAGCUAAACAACACUUCGCAGCAGCUGGGAUCGUCGUUGGCAGACCUUCGGUCAGCAGUGACGCGUGCCAGGGAAGCCUGCGGCGGACUGGAGCUCGACGCCGCGGAGGAACUGAUAAAUAGCCUGAAGGAUGAGCUAGGCGAGUUUUAUCGCGCCGUCGAGGCCGCUUCGUUGAGACCACUACCGGAAGAAACGACGGAAUCAACUGCGCUGCGACUUGGCACCACCUCGAAAAAUGUUGGAUUCGCCAUGGCGCAGCUGUUAUCCGCCGCCAAGCAGGGCAACGAGAACUACACCGGGAGCGCCGCUAGAGAAACCGCGUCGGCCUUGAAAGAUCUUACUUAUGCCGUGCGCGGCGUAGCCGCCACGUCCAAUCAGCCGGAGACGCAGAAGAAGGUGCUGAUGACGGCGGACGACGUGAUUCUGCGUUCGCUGCGCCUGGUGAAGGAAGCGCGACGUGUACUGAAGAACCCGGACGAUCCGGAGAACGAGGCUAAUCUAGCUGUGGUCGCCAAGGACGUCUCCUAUUCGUUGAACAAAUGCGUGUCCUGCCUGCCCGGACAGAGGGACGUCGACGAAGCGAUACGCAACAUCGACGACAUGACUCAAGUGCUCAACAUGAAUGAGUUCCCGCAAACGAGCAAGAGUUACGGGCAAUUGCAGAGCGAUCUCAACAAUGCCGCCGUCAAUUUGAACGAUGCGUCGUCGAACGUAGCGUCGUCCGUGCGUUCACCUAUGCAGCUCGCGAGCUCGUCGAAACAAUUUACCAAUGCUUUUGGAGAUCUGUUGAGCGUGGGUAUGGAGAUGGCGAGUCAGACGACGGUCGAAACCCGCACUCAGGUGGUGGUAUCGUUGAAGAACGUUAGCAUGACGUCAAGUAAGCUUCUCAUGACCGCCAAGUCGAUCGCGGCUGAUCCCACCGCGCCAAACGCGAAGAACCAGCUCUCGGCGGCGGCCCGCGCUGUCACCGACUCCAUAAACUACCUCGUGGACGUGUGCACCUCGGCGGCGCCCGGACAGAACGAGUGCGACAACGCCAUCAGAAACAUUCAGUCUAUGCGAUCGCUGUUGGACAACCCGAGCGAGCCCAUCUCCGACGCCUCGUAUUUCGAGUGCUUGGAGACCGUCAUGGAAAAGAGCAAGAGCCUCGGCGACGGUAUGACUGGCAUCGCGAAUCACGCGAAGAAGUCUGAACACGAGCAGUUUUCCAUCGCGGUGCGCGGAGUCUCUUCCUCAAUUUGCGGCUUGAUCGAGGCAGCCGCUCAAGCGGCCUAUCUAGCGGGUGUGAGCGACCCCACGUCUGUUGCGGGUAAACCCGGUCUGGUGGAUCAGGCGCAGUUCCUGCGAGCGGCGCAGGCCAUUCACAGCGGAUGCCAGAGUCUUGGUAAUCCAACUAGCACGCAGCAGCAAGUACUCUCGGCUGCCACCAUGAUCGCCAAGCAUACCAGCGCGCUUUGCAACGCCUGCAGACUCGCGUCCAGCAAGACCAGCAAUCCGGUGGCCAAGCGACACUUCGUCCAGUCCGCCAAGGACGUUGCCAAUUCUACGGCGUGUCUCGUUAAGGAAAUCAAGGCGCUCGAUCAGAAUUAUUCCGAUGUCAAUCGUGAAAAGUGCGCGGAAGCCACGAAACCACUGCUCGAAGCGGUCGAUAAUCUCUGCACAUUCGCGGGAUCUCCUGAAUUUGCGAGCCAGCCGGCCAAGAUAUCCAUCGCGGCUAGAGCCGCCCAGGAACCGAUCACCAGCGCCGGCAAAUCCAUCAUCGACGGCUCGUGCGCCAUGGUACUGGCGGCCAAGAGUCUCGCGGUCAGUCCGAAGGAUCCUCCGACCUGGCAGCUGCUGGCCAAUCACAGCAAGAGUGUCAGCGACUCGAUCAAAUCGCUGGUGGCAUCGAUCCGUGAUAAGGCACCCGGCCAGAAGGAAUGUGACGCAGCAAUCGAGAAGCUGUCGGCGCGCAUACGCGAGCUCGACGCCGCUUCGCUGAGCGCGGUCUCGCAGGCGCUGAUGCCGCGCCGCGAGAAUACCGUGCAGGGAUUCACGGAUCAGAUGGAGAGCAGCGCGAGCGAACUACGCGAGAAACUGGAGCCGUUGCGCACCGCCGCCAAGUACGAGGCGGAGAACGUCGGCCACGCCGUCAAUCAGAUCGCCCUUUACUCGGAACCGCUCGUCUCCGGCGCGAUCGGUGCCGCGUCCAAUAUGGUGCACUCGAAGCAGCAGAUGGUGCUGUUGGAUCAGACGAAGACCGUAGCCGAGUCCGCGCUACAGCUGAUCUAUGUCACCAAGGAGUCCGGCGGCAAUCCGAAGGCUGUCGCGUUGCACACCGAGGUGGACGAAACCGUCGAGUCCACCAAAGACGCGCUUCAGGAGCUGCAGAACACCUUGGAGACUAUAUCAACGUCCGCGGGCAUCGUUACCGGCCUGAUUGACACGAUUUCUCGCGCGAUGGUGAGAUUGGAGGACCAUCGUAUGUCCACUAUCGACACCGUGGAUUCUUACGUGGAUUAUCAGACGAGGAUGGUGGAAGCUGCCAAAGAGAUCGCGCGGUUGGCGCAAGAAAUGUCGACCAAAUCGAGCACUGACGUUGCCAGAUUGGGACCCCUAGCGGUCGAUAUAUCGCACAAGUACACCCAACUAGCUCGCGAUACCUCCGGGGCGUCCGCGGCUGCCUCCAACGCCGACGUAUCCGCUAGGCUUCGUACCGGAGUGCAAGAACUCGGCCGGGCCUGCGCGGACAUCGUGCGCGCCGCCGGCACAUGCCAAAUGUCACCCGGUGACGCUUACGCCCAGCGAGAGGUCGCGGAGUACAGCAAGAUCGUGACCGAGAAGGUAUCGCAGGUGUUGGCCGCAUUGCAGGCGGGCUCGCGCGGCACUCAGGCGUGCAUCAAUGCCGCCAGCACGGUCUCCGGCAUUAUCGGCGACCUCGACACUACCAUCAUGUUCGCCACCGCCGGCACGCUGCACGCCGAGAACGAGGGCGACACGUUCGCCGAUCAUCGCGAAAAUAUCCUGCAGACCGCGAAGGCCUUGGUGGAGGACACGAAGACAUUGGUGGCCGGAGCGGCGUCCUCGCAAGAACAGCUGGCCGUCGCGGCGCAGAACGCGGUGUCGACGAUCGUUCAGCUCGCCGAGGUCGUCAAGUACGGCGCGGCCAGUCUGGGCAGUCAGAAUCCGGAGGCCCAGGUGAUGCUGAUCAACGCCGUGAAGGACGUCGCAUCUGCGCUUGGCGACCUCAUACACGCCACCAAGGCCGCUAGUGGCAAGCCCAUCAAUGACCCCAGUAUGGCGCAUCUAAAGGAUUCCGCCAAGGUAAUGGUGACCAACGUAACGUCGCUGCUGAAGACGGUGAAGGCCGUGGAGGACGAGCACACGCGCGGCACCAGGGCGUUGGAGUCGACGAUCGAGGCCAUAGCGCAGGAGAUCCGCGCGCUCAGCAGCUCGGAGACGCAGAGGAGCAACGUGACGCCGGAGGACCUCGUGCGCUGCACGAAGAGCAUCACCAUAUCGACGGCGAAGGCGGUCGCCGCCGGGAACAGUUGCAAGCAGGACGACAUAAUCGCCGCCGCGAAUAUGGGCAGGAAGGCCAUCAGCGACAUGCUGACCAUCUGCAAGGGCGCGGCCCACAAUUGCGCCGAGACCACCGAGCUGUGCGAGCGUACCCUCCAAGCGGGCCACGACGUCGCCAUUAAUUAUCGGGAGCUGCUUCAGGCCAUUCUGCAGAUAUCGUCGAGAUCGGGCGACGCCAAGCACACCCUGCCGAUGAUCUCGCGUAAGAUCGCGCAGAGCGUAACAGAGCUCGUGGCGGUGGCGGAGCUGUUGAAGGGCAACGACUGGGUCGAUCCCGACGAUCCCACGGUGAUCGCGGAGAACGAAUUGCUCGGGGCGGCCGCCAGCAUCGACGCGGCCGCCAAGAAGCUAGCCAGUCUGAGACCGAGGAGAAGCAUCCAGGAGGCUAACGAAGAUAUGAACUUUGACGAGAUGAUUCUGGAAGCCGCUAAAUCAAUCGCCGCCGCCACUUCGGCGCUGAUAAAGGCCGCAAGUGCCGCUCAACGGGAACUCAUCGCGACCGGCAAGGUGUCGCGCACGCCGCUGACCAGCUCUGACGACGGCCAAUGGUCCGAGGGUCUUAUCUCUGCCGCUCGAAUGGUGGCAGCCGCCACUCACAGCCUCGUGGAGUCCGCAAACGCUCUCGUUCAAGGAGUAAGCUCCGAGGAAAAGUUGAUUUCCAGCGCUAAGCAAGUUGCUAGCAGCACGGCGCAACUGUUGGUCGCUUGCAAGGUCAAAGCCGACCCUGACAGCGAGAGCACGAAACGUUUGCAAGCGGCUGGUAACGCCGUGAAACGUGCUACCGAUAAUCUCGUACGUGCUGCGCAACAGGCUAUCCAGCAAGAGGAGGACAGAUCGUUGGUCCUGAACCGCCGCAUGGUGGGCGGUAUCGCGCAGGAAAUCGACGCACGCUCGGAGGUUUUGCGAAUUGAACGCGAGCUGGAGGAGGCCCGAGGCAGGCUGACCGCCAUUCGUCUGGCUAAAUAUAAGAAUCGGCCGGAUCUGGCUGACGGAGACGGCGACGUAGCGGUCGAUCAGAGCGGCUACCAAAGUUACACCACCCGGUACGAGACCAGAGCGUACGAGCCGCAGACCUCGCCGAUCCAGACGAUGAAUCAUACUCUGGACCAGUUGCAGUCCACCACGCAACACAUCAGCCACCAGUUUGCCGAUCAGCAGAGUCUCGUGAGUCCGGAAAAGGUGCACUCGACGCAGAGCACGCUCGAGAGAAAGAUGAAGGACAGCCAGUACCGGUCCACCGUGGAUCAGUACGGAUCGCUCGACAGGAAGUACACUGUCGACGGUUAUCAGGAUAGGAGCCCGUACAUCGUCACCGAGAGGAAGAUCAUAACGGACAAUUCACCCGGGCAGUACAGUUCGAUCGAGCGAAGAAUCAAUCAGGAGAGCUUCGCCACGGAGAGAAAACACGCGGACGGGAUCACUUUGUAUCCGCCGCCCCAGCAUAUCUCGUACUCGACGAAAUCCCCGACCCCGAAGAUCGUCCAGGAGCAAACGACCGAGGACCGAAAGUCUCCGCAGGAUCAGCUCAAGUAUUCAACUGAUCGGUUCUCAGGCGUCAGUCCGAUGAGCACGUUUCGCUCCGAGAAGCAGGUGGACACCCAGCGAUUCAGCGGCGGUAUUCCGCAGCACCAAACGUUCAAGAAUGUUGAGAGUAAGGUCAUUCCCGGCGGCAGAGUCGAGACCAUUACGACGAAGGUGUACUCGUCCACGCCCGGCAAGAGUAGCAGCAGCUCCAACUACGAGACCACCGAGGAGACCAAGCAGUUCACAACGUCCGGCAACGAGCUGUCGACGUUCAAGGGCAACGACACCGAAGAGCGCACGAUGAAGCAGUCGAUGCACAAGGUCACGGAGAAGAAGACCGUCACUAUGACGACGUCGAGUCGGCAGGAGUCCAACACCAAAACCUUUCGUUACGAGGACAAGCAGUGAGAAGCGAAAAUAACGAAGCUCGCUGCAUACUAUCGAAACUGCCGGUAAUUUCGUCCGGAAACGAUCUUGAAAGAAGUGACUUGUCCAAAUUCAAGUAGCCUAAUAAGAAAUGCGGUAUGAAAAGUUUGACGAAGCACAGAUAAAAUUAUUUUAGUACGAUAAACAGUUUUCUCAAUUGAGAUCAACGACGUAUCGAGCUUUGAAAUUGAGACCGGAAUGAGAAUGAGGAGGGAUUCGAAAUGAGGCGGAAGGAUAAUACGCGCGGCAGAGUUAUUUAUUAGCGAAAGCGAUAGAAAGUGCCCUUAGAUAGAUGUAACACUCGUGCUUUCGAUCAGCAGCCUUACGAACGUAUUUUAAUCGUGGAUGUUUCGUAGCCGCGAGCCAUGGAUCGUUUCUCGAUAGCCAUACGACCGAUCUUACGAGACGCGAGUCGAUUGCACAUAACAUUACGCGUAUAGGAGAACGCUGACCGUUUUACUUUCGCAUUCGCACAGUAGGUUUCUUCUUUUUUUUUCUUCGCUUAUACAACUCGAGGAUGAUAGAGAUAAUUACGCGCUUGGUUUAAUAUAGAGUUAAUCUUACGUUUACUCAUUUACGGUUUAAGAACCACCGGAUUAACAAGAGAAGCAACAUAUCAUUUAAUUUUAUUAAUUUUUCCCGAUGUCGCGCGGUGCCGAGGACAGGCCCGGCGACGCGCCACCGCUAUUAACACUUUCCGUUUUCUCGAUUAACCCACCCCGUCCCAUCCGGCGUUUUACCGCGUCUCUAUUUAUUCUGAGGAUCCUCCACACUGUCGCAAAACACUGGCUCUUUAUCCCUUUUACGUAUCUUUUACCGCGAUUCUGCUCCUAACAGCACAUGUAGAUUCUGCUGAGAAAGUGUUCAGAGGAUACCGGACAAAAAUAUGGGAUAUCAUAGAGAUGUUCUCGGUAUACUAAAUGCAUUUACAUUUUGCAACAGUACUGAGUCAACAUGGUGGGCUGUUAGGGACGUACCGUUAAUCUGCAGGCGGUAGCUCGUUUUCGAAUUGAAUUUACUUACGUAAGUUCAUAUACGUGAGUUUUCGCUAGUAAAUUUAUUUUUUAAAAAAUGUAUGUAAUAUAUAUAUAUAUAAUACAUAAUACAUACAUAUAUUUUUUUAGCCCAGCUAGGCUUCUGCGAGUGAUCGUACAGUGCAAUUGUUCUAUUCGCCCUCGCGAUUAGAUAAGCUACACAAGUAUCCCUUAGUAUACGAAAUUCGGGGUGGUCCCCGCGCCGCGACAGAAUCGCGAUCGUCUAGCGAGAGAAGUGCCUACCGAGCUGCCGCUUCCCUCCUACUUAAUGUGCUCUCGUAGUGCGAUCUUAAGGAGUCUCUAAUAUUACCAAAAAUCGAAUGCUUUACUAAUGUGUUUAAUGGAAUGCGUGUGUGGACGAGUGUGUCGGUCCCAACGAACGGCCAACGUCGAGCUCUUCCAGAGCGAUGCGCGCAAUAUUUCACUAUUCAGGAGGGAUCGCUCGUCGCGAGCCUGGGUGUCUCCAGGCAAGCCGGAGGUCUUAAUAACGAGAUGAAUCGGAAACUCAGUCAACCUCUGGCCGAUCUCUUUCAUCUCUGAUUGAUUCCGCCAGCCAAUUUUGGCUCCGUACUUGCGCCGCGGUGAAUUACAAAACGGAGAAGCAGUUAUACAUUGCGCGAAUAAUUUUCUUCGACUUACGCGAGAGCUUGGCUGGAUUUGAGAUCAAUCGUGAACGGUGCGCAUCGCGGUUUGUGUGGAUCUUUAUAAUUCUAGACGAAUGUGCCAUGAUAUAUAACAAAUGUAUCGCAAGAUGAUGAAUUAUAUAUAUAAUUAUAUAUAAUAAAGAUAUACAUAGAUAUAUAUUACAUGUAUGCAAGAAAUGCAGCGAUCUUUAUGAAUGUAAUAACGUUUUGCAUUGUUUUAACGAUUUAUAUUAUAUGGAAGAUAUUUUUUUAAUAGUUGUUCUAUAAUUGUCUCUUAUACGUAGAAAUAUCUUUUAGAUCUAUUUUUCACGGAAUGUUACGAGUUACGAUGUUAUAUCGGCGUAUUAUAUACAAUGUUCUUUUUACUUAUUACUAUUAAUCUCGAUUACACGACGAAAGAUAUUAUUACGGUUACUAUCAUGGUUUGUAUUAUUAAUCUCUUUUGCCAUUAUUAAAAUCCAGAUAUUUAUACAAAAGUAACUAAUAAAGAGUUUCUAACA